GUGGAGGCUUAUUCUUCUCAAGGUCAUCUAUUUCAAACAGAUGGCGGAUAUAGCCUUCGAUCAUAUAACCCAGGAGGUUAGGGGUACUGUAUAUCCGGGUAAGCUUCGACUCAAAGAAGAUGAGUUUAUGUAUAAAAACGAAAAGACUGGAAAGGUGGAUCACUUCUCCCGGUCAGAUAUCGAGUCAGCCCAAUGGAUAGUCCGUGCGACUGGUUUAGGAUUAAGCAUAAAGUUAAAAAAUAACUCUCUGCAUCGGUAUGAUGGCUUUGGUGAAAUCGAAGCGGAAAAGGUCGGGAGUUUUUUCAAGAAGUAUUUCGACGUCGAAAUUGUAAAGCGUGAACUGUGCUACAAAGGCUACAAUUGGGGAGACGUGGAUUUCGAUGGCGAUGUUCUCGAGUUUUCAGUCAAAAACGCCAUGGCUUUUGAGGUUCCUCUAAGCAAUGUUGCAAAUGCUGUUUUGAACAAAAACGAGAUUAUUUUUGAAUUUCACCUAAAUGAUGAAGCUGAAGUUUGCUUAUCUGAAAUGCGUCUGUACACUCCGGGAACUGAAGCUGAUAGGGAAGGCAAAGCACCUUCUAUAUAUUCCAAGGUUACUCAAAAGGCAGAUAUUAUUCAGGUUACGGGAGAUUUCUUGGUCGAAUUCAAACAGUUGCAGUGUCUUCAACCUCGUGGCCGUUAUGAUGUUAAACUAUAUCCAAGUUUUAUCCAUUUGCAUGGCAAGUCUUACGACUUUAAAGUCCCAAAGAAUACUAUUACUCGGUUGAUGGUGCUUCCUCAUCCCGAUAAUCGGCAGAUAUUCUUUGCAGUUCAACUUGAUCCACCGAUCAAACAUGGUCAAACCAGAUAUCAUUUUGUGAUUUCCCUUUUCGACAAGGAUUCGCACAUAAACUUAGAAAUGGCUGCGACAGAAGAAUGGCUUCAGGAGCAGUUCAAUGGAAAAUUAACUCGAAAUAUUUCAGGACCUGAAUAUGAAGUUGUAGCUCGCGUAUUCAAGGUUCUAUUUGAUCAGAAAGUUACAGUCCCAGGAAGCUUCUCUGCAAAAGGCGGUGGUUGCGCAGUUGCAUGCAGUUAUAAAGCGUCUGUUGGUUUGUUGUAUCCAUUAGAGAGAGGCUUUACAUUCGUUCCUCGUCCCCCAAUUUCUAUACGUUUCGAUGAAAUAGUAGCUGUACAAUUUUCCCGUGGGACGGGUGCUCAAAGGUCUUUUGAUUUUGAGGUGGAAACUCGUAAUGGUUUAACGCAUACAUUCACCUCUAUCGAAAGAGAUGAAUAUCAUCAUUUGUACGAUUUUGUAACUGCUAAAAAACUUCGUGUUAAAAAUAUCAGUUCAGAAAACAAAACUACUAAUCCUGGUGAUGACGUUUGGUCAUCAUCUGAUGAAUCACAUGAUGCUUACAUGGAGAAGGUAAAGACAGAAGCUCGAGAACGAACAACUGAAAUGGAUGAUGAAGAUGACGACGAUGAAGAUGAUGAAGAUUUCAAACCACCGGAAUCUGAUGGUUCUGAACUUGCAGAAGAAUAUGAUAGUAAUGUUCAAACAACUACAAGUGAAGAUGAAUCUGGAGACAACGAUGAUGAUGAUGAUGAUGAUGAUUCGGAGGAGAACAAAAGUAACACUAGUAGUAAGAAUACUACUACACACAAGAAAAAAGAUAAACGAGACAAUGAUAGUGAUGGAUAUGAAGACAGCUUGUCAAGUGUAAGCAGUACUAGUGAACCUAAACCAAAACAAAAAAAAUUGAAAGAAGAACCAAAGAAAUCAACAACUAAACCCCGUAAAGAUGAGACAAAACGACAAACAACAAAAAAGCAAAAAAAACCUAAAGAUCCUAAUGCACCAACUCGUCCACUUUCUGCUUAUUUCUUAUGGUUUAAUGAGAAUAGAGAGAAAAUUGCAAAAAAUUUAGAUGGACAAAAUUCUGUUGCUGAAGUAGCUAAAGCUGCUGGAGAGAUUUGGCGAAAUAUGGAUAGUACAGAAAAAUCAAGUUAUCAAUCAAGAGUUGAUGAAUUAAAAAAGAAAUAUCAAGAAGAUUUACGUAUAUAUCAAUCAAAUUUAGCGUCUUCUAAAGAACCAGAUUUAUCACCAGAUUCUAGUAGUUAAGUCCAGAAAUAAUUAUUUAAUUCUUGUGAAAUAAAAUAUCAACUUAUUAUUGUUUUAAUAUACUAUGUACACUAU